UCUCGCGAUGCGUCGUGUAUUAUACGUCUCGUCAUCUCAUAAAAAUACUGUCGUCUUUAAAUUUAAAAUUUUAACAAAUAAAAUAAUAAUGUUAAUUGACAAAUAAAAUAGAUUAAUUUAUUAUUUGAGAUUAUUAAAGUUGUAUAUUUAUUCAAACAAUGGCAGGUAGAAAGUUUGUGAUUAAAUUGUGAGAAGAGAAAUGAUAUCAAAUAUAGAACAAAGAUUUAAACAAUAAGAAAAAAAAAUCAUUAAAUAUUGAUAAUUAUAUUGAAAAUACAUGUGAAAUAAAUAAUAGUUAAAUUAUUUAUUAUAAUAUUCAUAUGAAAAAAAGAAAUACCAAUUAUCAAUAAAAACAAUUCGAAAAAAAAAUUUACAUCGAAAAAAAAAAAUAACAAUUGUUUAAAUAAAUAAAAUAAAAAUAGUGCAUAAUAAUAUUUAAACAUUAUUAUUAUUAGAUAAAUUGUUGAAAAAUGAUUAAAAAUCAAUGGUGAAAUUUUCGUGUGUUUAUUAUUAUUAAUUAAUAUUAAAAUUGUGAAAUUAAAAAUUAAAAAUAAAAAAUUGAAAAAUAUUCUUCGGUUUAAUUAUUUAUUAUAAAAAAAAAUUACAAGUUGUGCAAUUAAUCAAUAAACAUUAAUAAUUACCUAUAAAAGUGUAUGUUUAAAUAAAAAAAAAAUUAACAAUAAUAGUAUAAAUAAAAAAAGUGGGGAUGAUAAAAUACGUGAGAAAGUGAAAAUUAAUAUUGAUAAAUGAUAAAUUGAGGCAGACUUGAUAAUAAUUGAAUCCACAUGUUAAAUAAAUAAAAAAAAAUACAAAAUUUAACACUUUAACAACACCACGCCUUGGUUUGUACACUGGAGUCAAUGAUAAUCAUGCUGAUACAUCAUUUAUGCAAUUUAAAAAUAAUAAACAUUAAUAAUACGUCGAAAAAAAAUAAGAUGAAUUUAUCAAAUAUUUAAACUCGCAUUAUAUUCCCAAGCUAAACUAUAUUUACUAUAUAAAUUUUUCUCUAUUUUUCCUCUAAUACCUUUUGAUUAUUAUUCAAAAAAAAAAAAUACAUUUUUUUUAUAUUGUUGUGUAACAUACACGCAACGUUAUACGGAUAUAAUCAUUUGACGCAGUUGUGCAAUAUAUACGUGAUGUCUAGUAACUUAAUUCUCAUAUUGAAGUGUUGAUCUUUCAUCAGUAAUACAAAAAAAAUAAUAAAAAAAAAAUCAAGGUCAUUUAUAAUAAUUUAAAUAUAAUAUUUAAUAAAUAUCUGUUUAAAUUUAAAUGAUAUAAUUAAUAGUUAAAAAACCAGAACCAAAAAACUUGAUGAAAAAAAAAGAAGCAAAAAUUGAGAAAUAAAAAAUUUUAUAUUUAAUUAAUUGAAUAACAUUAAAAAAUAUAUUAUUAUUUAUUUAAAAAUAAUAAUAAAUUGAUGAAUAAUUUAAUUUUACAUUUUAAUUUUUAUGUAAUAGUUGGAUUUUUAAAUUUAUUUUUCUUUUUUUUCUGUAAAUUAUGGUUUUUUAUUUUGAAUUGCAAUUGAUGAAUUUAGGUCGUUUAAUUUUGUAUACACUAUUAAAAAAAAAAAACUAAGGUAUUGACGAUGUUUGUUUUCAUUUAUCGGAUUAAACUUACACAUUUAAGUGAUUUAUUUGCAGUUUUAUAAUGUGUAUGUGUGUGAUUAUUUGAGGCUGAUGAUGGGAAUAAUACUGUGACCGCACUGAUUUAAUUAAAUUCAAAAUAAAUUUUCUCAUUUGUUCGGUUGAGUUUACUCAAUAAAGUAGUCAUCGUUGCUCCUAAUAAUGUGUCAUUAUUAUAUUUUUUUUUUAUCAUUUACAAUUUACUUCCCGGAUGGGCUGGAAGAAACUGAUAUAAUUAAUUUUAUCACAAAAAAAAAAAACGUAAAUGUUUAAAUUCAUUUGAAAAAAAAACACUACAUUGAAACUAUUCAAAUUAACAAGUGAAAAAUAAAUUAUUUAUAUAUUUAUAAUAAUUACGUAAUUAUUAAAAAAUUAAAAUUCAAUUUUAAUUGUAUAAUAAAAUUAUUAUCAGUUGUUUUUUUAUUUUUUUUAUGAUAAUAAUCCAGUCAAACGACAAAUUGACAGUUUGAUUUAAUUGUUGUAAAAAAUUUAAAUAAAUAGUUGUUAAUCGGGUUGUAUAAUAAAAUUUUAAAAGGUCAAAAUAUAAAUUAAAAAUUAUAAAAUUUAAAUUUUUAUAAUAAAUAUUAUAAACCGCAAAUAAUAAUUAUUAUGAAGCGAGCAUUGAACUAAAAUUCUUGUGGUAUUUGUAAAAUAAACCCAAACUAGUUAAAAAUAAAUAUAUUAAAUAAUAAAAUUAAUGUAUUAAUGUUAAAUAAUAUUUAUGGAAUAUAUGGUUUGUGUUAAACCAAGUCCAGGUGCAGUUAUAAUUAGAUCAAGAAGUGAGUUCAAGUGCGUAUGAAUAGUAAACUAUAUAAUUUUACCACAACAACUUACAUCUUGAAAUCUAAUUUUCUUAGUAUAUAUUUUUAUUCUUCAUACUGUUAAGCAAUUAUUACGGUUUUAAAAUUAACUCACGUAAAAUUUUUUAAUUUAAACAUUUAUCAAAAAAUUCAAAACAAUAAUUAGUUGAUUAACAAAAUCAUCAAAAUGUUAAUUAAAAAAAUCUAUUUUUCAAUUCAAAAUUUAAAAAGAUUUUUCGAACAAAACCAAACAACGGUAAAGAAAAAUUAAUAGAAAGAAAAAAACAAUUUAUUCCAGUUGAUGUUGAAGACACAAUUUUAUAAAUAAUAAUAUUUAAAAAUAAUAAUAAUAAUAUAUAUUUAUUUGUGCUACAGACAGAUAAAUAAUAAAUAAAUAAAAUUCUAAAAUAAUGAACGGGGUCAAAAAAAAGAUUAGUUGUAAAUCUAGGAGUUCCACUGAGCUCAUUAGUACAACCACAAAUGGUACAAUUGAUAAUAAUGAAGAUAAUAAUUAUUCAAAAUGGUUUGAUGCUGAAUCAAUGCCAUCAACUAAUCCAAUUGAAAAUAUUGAUGAAAAUAAUAAAAUUAAAAUUCAUCAAGAUAUUAAUAAUUCACCUGAUAAUAUAAAAAUGAUAAAUUUAAAUGAUGUUAUUGAAUUACCAAGUGAAAAAUCUGAUGAUAAAUCUAAAGAUACAAAUAAAAUUGAUGAAAAAAAAUAUAAAAAUAAUGAAAGCCAACAAGUUGAAGCAUUGUAUGAAAAUAAUAUUGAAAUAGCAUUAAAUAAUUAUGAUAAAAAAAAUAAUCCACAUCAUCAAUCAACAUGUUCAAUAAGUUUAGAUUUUAAUUCAUCAAAUGAUACUAUUUUAAAUUACAAAAAAGAUAUUAAACGAAGACACAGUUCUAGUGUUGAAAUAUCAGCAAUGACAUCUGUUAAAAAAGAUGAAAAUGGUAUACCAAUAAUAAGCUUUAGUUUUCUACAAACAGAUGAUAAUAAAAUAACAAUUGAUGAUACAAAAAUCAAUGAUGAUGUUUAUGAUAUACCAAAAAAUAAAAAUGACAAAUCAAUUGAAAUAAAUGAAUCAUCUGAAACAACAAAUGACGAUGUUUUUUAUGAUUCAAGUGAUGAUAAAAUUACUGAAUUAUAUGAUGUUCCAAAAUCAAAACUUGCUGUGUUAUCAUCGUCAUCUUCAUCAUCAAUAUCAUCAUCAAAUAAUAAUGUAAAUACUGCUGAUAAAAUAAAAAUCAUUGAUGAAUUAUAUGAAAUUCCAGAAUUGAAUAAAAGCUUGCUAAAUGAUAAAACAGAUGAAAAAAAAAUAAAUUUACAUGUUAUUGAUGAUGAUGAUGAUGCUGAUGAUGACAAUGAUGCUGAAAAAAUAAAAAAUAAACGUCGUCUAAGUAAAGCAUGGUAUAAAAUGCGUUGUUGGUUACGUGAUGAAAAAUUAAAAAUUGACGAAGUUGUACAAAGACAUUCAAGACUUCAAGCUGUUGGUGCACUACAACAAAUAAAUAAUCAACCAUCAAAAAGUCAUUCAGGUUCUUAUGAUUUAGUUGAAGCAUAUAAAAAACAAAUUGUAUUAAUUAACAAUGACAAUGAUUUAUCAUCAGUAACUGAAGAAAUAAUAAUAUCUGAAAUUGAAAAUAUUGAAUUAACUUCUUAUGAUAAGUUAAAAACAGAUGAAAUAAUUACAACUGAUGUAAUUGAUAAAUCAAUAAUAAAUAUUGAUAAUAAUAUAACAACAACUGGAAUAUUAAAAAAUAAAACAAUUAGUAAUGAAAAUAUAAAAAGUGAUAUUAAAAAUAAUAAGCUAACACCAGUGUCAUUUAGUUUGGAUAAAUUGAAUGAUGAUUCUGAGCAUUUUGAUGAUGAUGAUGAUAAAGUUAAAAAAAAAUAUGAAGAGGAGAAAGAACAGCAUAGACAUGUGGGGAAAGGUAGCAUGAUCAAGAAGAGAAUGCUUGGGUCAAUCAGAGGGUUAAUGGCAUCAACAAAUCUACUUCAUCAGCAUGAUACUGAAGAGACUGGUCCUGGUGGCUUUGAAGAAGUCCGAAGAUAUGUCAAACAAGGAGGUGAUUUUUGUAAAGAACUUGCGGCAAUUCUCCACGAGAGAGCUGAAUUGGAAGCAUCAUAUGCCAAAGGACUCAGUAAACUCAGCAGUAAAUUAACAAAAGCAUGUACAAAGGAUCAAGGUGGUAAUAAUUCAGGUGGUGUAACAGAAGCUUGGAGAAAUGUUGGUGAAGAAAUGGAGGCAGCAGCUGAAGCUCAUCGUGUUUGGAGUAUAGCCUUGGAUGAAAAUCUUGCAAAACCUUUACGUAUUGGUGUUGCUGAAGCACAAGGUCGUUCACGUAAAAUCAUUGAAAAUACUGUUGAUAAAGCAUCAAAAUCACUACAAGAAUGGCGUGGUAUAACAACAAAAAGUAAAAAACAAAGUUUUACAUGUGCACGUGAAAAUGAAAGACUACAAGAUUUAUCACGUGUACAAUCAAUAUGUCAAAGUCAAUUGAAUAACAAUAAUAAAACAUCAAAUCAUCAUAUUAAUAUGACUGAAAAAGAAAUAAAUAAACUUGAAAAUAGACGUAGAAAAGCUGAGGAUUCAUCAAGACGUGCUGAUACUGAAUUUUAUACAGUUAGUAUACGUGCUGAACGUGCACGUUUAGAAUAUGAAAGUACAGUUAAAAAAAGUUCAAAACAAAUGGAGCUAUUAGAAGAAGAACGUUUAAGUGCAUUAAAAGAUUUUGCAAAUAUAUAUUUAACAAAUUUACAAUCAUUAUCACCACGUUUACAACAAUCAACUGAACGUUUAAUAGGACCAAUUAAAAAUUCAAAUGUCAUAAAUGAUGUUGAUUUAUUAAAAAAUUUAAUAAAUCGUAUUGAUAAUAAUAAUGAAUGUACAUAUAUUGAACAAUUAUUACCAGAUUUUUAUGCUGAACAUGUUACACUUGCAAUGAAUAGAGAAAGAAGAAAACAAUCAUUAAUACGUGUAUUACAUUUAAUUAGACAAGAUAUUGAACGUGAAAAACGUGGACGUGAAGGUUUAGAAACAUUACAUCGUGCAUUUAUUAAAACACCAUCAUUUGGAGUUGAUGAAACAACACAAAAUGUAUGUGAUAAAUUAUAUCAUAUGCGUUCAAUGUUAAUAUUUUUUGAAGCAGCUAAAUAUAAAAUAAGUGGUAUACUUGCUGAUAUUGAAGGUGGUAAAAAAAAUACACAUCCACUUGCUGAAUAUAUACUUGUAUCACGUGAUAAACAAGGUUUACAACAGAGUGUAUUAAAAAUACCAAAUUGGAUGAAAAAUAAUGAUAGUAUUGAAUUUCCUGAUGAUGUUGAUGAUGAUAUUGAUAUACACAUGACAAAAGAACAUGAUAAUGAACGUAAUGUAUGGGUUGAUAGAACAGCUGGUGAUGGUAACUCAGAAAAUCCACAUGAUGAAGAUGAUUUUAGUGAUUUUGAUGAGUUUUCAAGUCAAUCUGAAGAUAAUAAUAAUGAUGUAGUUGAUUUAAAUGAUAAUAAAAAUAAUAAUAUUAUACAACAGUGUAGAGCAUUGUAUCAAUAUAAUGCUAAUCUUAAUGAUGAACUUAGUUUAAGUGUUGGUGAUUUAAUAACAAUACAACAAAAACAACCAGAUGGAUGGUGGAUUGGUGAGUGUGAUGGAAGAACUGGUAUAUUUCCAGCAACUUAUGUUCAAUUAAUUCAUUAGUAUUUUUUAAUAUUAUUAUUAAUUUAUUUAUAUUAUAUUCAAUUUAAUAUUAACAUCAAUAUUCUAGCUAUUGAAUUUAGAUAUUUACUGAGGCUUUAAACCUAAGAUAAUUCAUUUUAAGUUAAAUAAAAUAUAACAUAAUUUGUACAAAAACAAAGUUAAACAAAAAAAAAAACAUUUUUAAAAUUAUAUAUUAUAUUGUUGUAAAAUUAAUUUAUAUUUAAUAAUUAUUGUUUAUUUAGUUUAUUGUUAAUUUAACACUUGGAAUUUUCAUCAGUGUAGCUAUUAUGUAUCCAAGUAUUUCAACCAAAUGAUGAUGUAUAUAAAAAUUAUAUUAUAAAAUGACAAAUUUUUUUUAUAAAUAAUAAAUAAACAAUUAAAUCAUUAAUUGUUAGUUUAUUAAUUAUUAAUUCAAUUAAAUAUUGUUAUUGUAAUUAAAGCGCAUUUAUAAAAAAUAUUAUUGUGUUUA